GUUUCCAUGAUACGCCCUCGAAUCUUUGAAAAAGGAAGGAACCGCAUUCAUCCAGGGCAUUUCAAAUUAGGGGGGAAAUUUAGAACGAAAAAAUAUGACGAACCAGUUGUGCAAGCUGUUUGUCGGCGGCCUCAAUGUACAAACGACAGACGAUGGGCUCCGUAAGCACUUCGAGCAGUACGGGAAGCUGACGGACUGCGUGGUGGUACAGAACCAGCAGCUGCAGCGCUCGCGUUGCUUCGGCUUCGUCACCUACUCGACCGUGGAGGAGGCCGACGCGGCGAUGGCCGCCAGGCCGCAUGUGGUGGACGGUAACAACGUGGAGCUGAAGCGGGCCGUGGCUCGGGAGGACGCGGGCAAACCCGAGGCGCUCGCCAAGGUGAAGAAGAUCUUCGUCGGGGGGCUCAAAGACGACGUGGAGGAAGAGAACCUGCGCGAGUAUUUCUCGCAGUUCGGCGCCAUCGAGAAAGCCGAGGUGAUCAGCGACAAGCAGACGGGCAAGAAGCGCGGCUUCGGCUUUGUCUACUUCGAGGACAACGACUCGGCCGACAAGGCGGUGGUGCUCAAGUUCCACACCAUCAACGGGCACAAGGUGGAGGUGAAGAAGGCCCUCACCAAGCAGGAGAUGCAGGCUGCCGGAGCCCGAAACCGGGGCAGAGGCGGACGGGCCAUGGGAAGAUCCCAAAAUGGCUACGGCGGGGGAAGAGGAGGCGGCGGCUACGGCAGUUAUGGCGGAGGCUACGGGGGCCAUGAUGGAUACGGCGGCUACGGCAGUAGUGGCGGCUAUGGAAACCAAGGCGGCUACGGAGGAGGCUACGGCGACCAAAUGGGCGGCGGAUACGGGCCUGGGAACGGCUACAGUGACUUUGGCGACGACUACGGCCAGCAGUCCUCUGGCUACGGUGCGAUGAAAGGGGGCGGUUACUCAGGCCGAAGCAGCGGACCGUACUCUCGGGGAGGCAGCGGUGGGUACGGCCGGGGGGGAUACGGCGGCUAUUAAGGAGGCAGCCUCGUUGUUUUCCUGUGAAAAGUUUUCACUAAAAUAUGAAAUGUCCACAAGCAGGAUUCGGGACUUACUUUUUGGGACCUUGUGUGGAACAAGGGACUUUAAACAUUUAAAUGCAUCGUUUCUGGACACACACACACACACACACAAAAAAAC